AUGAACUCAACGGACCUCCCUCAGGAUGCUCCCAACACUACCCUGCUACGUGUGCCUCACUCCCAGGGAGAAAACAGCACUGCUCUCCAGGAGGACCUCCAGGACCUCAUCCACACGGCCACCUUGGUGAGCUGUACCUUUCUGCUCACAAUCAUCUUCUGCCUGGGCUCUUAUGGCAACUUCAUUGUCUUCUUGUCCUUCUUUGAUCCGGCCUUCAGGAAAUUCAGAACCAACUUUGAUUUCAUGGUCCUGAACCUGUCCUUCUGUGACCUCUUCAUUUGUGGCGUGACGGCCCCCAUGUUCACCUUUGUGUUGUUCUUCAGUUCAGCCAGCGGCAUACCGGAUGCUUUCUGCUUCACCUUCCACCUCACCAGCUCCGGCUUCAUCAUCAUGUCCCUCAAGACAGUGGCGGUGAUUGCCCUGCACCGGCUCCGCAUGGUGUUGGGGAAGCAGCCGAACCGCACGGCCUCCUUUCUCUGCACCUUGCUCCUCACUCUGCUCCUCUGGGCAACCAGUUUCACCCUCGCCACCUUGGCCACCCUGAAAACCAGCAAGUCCCACCUCUGCCUUCCCAUGUCCAGUCUGAUUGCCCGAGAAGGGAAAGCCAUCCUGUCUCUCUAUGUGGUCGACUUCACCUUUUGUGUUGCUGUGGUCUCUGUGUCUUACAUCAUGAUUGCUCAGACCCUGCGGAAAAAUGCUCAAGUCAGAAAGUGCCCCCCUGUGAUCACAGUUGAUGCUUCCAGACCACAGCCUUUCAUGGGGGCCCCUGUGAAGGGAGGUGGAGAUCCCAUCCAGUGUACCAUGCCAGCUCUGUACAGGAACCAGAACUACAACAAACUGCAGCACGUUCAGACCCACGGAUACACCAAGAGUCCCAACCAGCUGCCAACCCCUGCGGCCAGCCGGCUCCAGCUGGUGUCAGCUGUCAAUCUCUCCACGGCUAAGGAUUCCAAGGCGGUGGUCACCUGUGUGAUCAUUGUGCUGUCGGUCCUGGUGUGCUGCCUUCCACUGGGAAUCUCCUUGGUGCAGGUGGUUCUGUCCAGCAAUGGGAGCUUCAUCCUUUACCAGUUUGAACUGUUUGGUUUUACGCUUGUAUUUUUCAAGUCAGGAUUAAACCCUUUUAUAUAUUCUCGGAACAGUGCAGGGCUGAGGAGGAAAGUGCUGUGGUGUCUGCAGUACAUAGGCCUGGGUUUUUUCUGCUGCAAACAGAAGACUCGACUUCGAGCCAUGGGAAAGGGAAACCUCGAAGUCAACAGAAACAAAUCCUCCCAUCAUGAAACAAACUCUGCCUACAUGUUGUCUCCAAAGCCCCAGAAGAAAUUUGUGGACCAGGCCUGUGGCCCAAGUCAUUCGAAGGAAAGUGUGGUCAGUCCCAAGAUGUCUGCUGGACAUCAACAUUAUGGUCAGAGCAGCUCAACCCCCAUCAACACUCGGAUUGAGCCGUACUACAGUAUCUAUAACAGCAGCCCAUCCCAGGAAGAGAGCAUCCCACAUAACUUACAGCCAGUAAAUUCUUUUGGAUUUGCCAAUUCAUAUAUUGCCAUGCAUUAUCACACCACUAAUGAUUUAAUGCAAGAGUAUGAUAGCACUUCAGCCAAGCAGAUUCCAGUCCCCUCUGUUUAG